UCCGGGAGCGGGAGAAGCCUCUUGCGUGCGACGAAGUUAAGGCUCCCGCCAGUUCUUGGACAAAGCUCACACAGUAAACACAUCUCACAUUGUCAAAACGUCCGACUAUUAAUUUAAACGUUUCAAUCCCCCCCUCUCUCUCCCCACCCCUUCCUCAAUGAAAGAAUAAGUGAACCCAUCGAUAAAUUGACGAGUGACGAGUUACAUCAGUGAUCUAUCAAUUGUUUUCAUCAUAAAAUUCAAAAACAUAACCUAGAAAUUGGGGAAAAAUAUUGCUCCGGUGAUAUGGAUUUUUCGGUGAUUUUUUUGUGACGAAUAUACGAGACUUUUUUUUCGACGGUGUGGAGGGUUCAUCGGUGAAUUGAAUUCUGGUGAUUGUCUUUUGUUUUUUUCGGUGUGUUUUGGGGGGAGAGGAGGGGGAGUGGAUGCGGCCUACUGACCUGACCUUGGAGCAGACAGACUUGAGACCUGAAUGGAUACCCGAUUACCUAAAGUAAACGAAAACCCCUGGAGUUGAGAAUCGAUCAGUCGAGUGUCUAUAUACGCGAAAUAACGGAAACGCUCCAAUCGAAUCGAGAAAAAAUGUGAAGGAAGCUCAAGUGAUCAGAUGCCCAACAAGGCGCGGCCUCGUCGUGAGUGGUCUCCAAAAUCCCCCAUAGAUGUUUUGUGGAUGCCCCGCUCCGCCAUGAGGCCGGCCGAGGGCGACACGUCGGACUGCAUUUUGGUUGUCGGUGUGUCACGUCCUAAAAUGGCUGCUGCAUUUCUAUCAGUUGCCCUAGUAUCACUCUUCCUGACAUUUCACAUACUCUAUGACAGUGCAAUCUACAGUAUCCAUGCAGCAUCUGUUAUAGAAAGUAUGGAUGAUGUUGGUAAUGAGCUUGAUAAUCAUCAGCAUCAACAAUUACCAACGAUUGUUAUAACAAACAAAGUACAUUUUUCACGUACAAAUCGCCAUUUACCACAAGCUAUUAUCGUUGGUGUACGUAAAUGUGGUACACGAGCACUUCUAGAGAUGCUGUUCCUCCAUCCGCAGAUACAAAAAGCAGCUGGUGAAGUGCAUUUCUUUGAUCGUGAUGAUAAUUAUGAGAAAGGGCUUGAGUGGUACAGGAAAAAAAUGCCGUACUCUUUCAAAGGACAGCUAACCAUCGAGAAGAGCCCGAGUUACUUCGUUACACCAGAGGUACCGGAGCGUAUUCGUGCGAUGAAUUCAAGUGUCAAACUACUGCUGAUCGUACGUGAACCAGUGACACGUGCGAUAUCAGACUAUACCCAGCUGCGUACACACGCUGCGGCAGCAGCAUCAACAGCAACAACGACAGUUGAGGGUAGUCAAAAGCCACCAUCACAACCGCAACGUAGUUUCGAGGAACUUGUCAUACGUCCUGAUGGCACUAUCAAUGAGUCAUAUCGUCCAAUAGCAAUAUCACUUUAUCAUAAUUACAUGCAUCGAUGGUUAGAAGUAUUUUCACGCGAGCAAAUACUUGUUGUUAAUGGUGAUCAGUUGAUUGAGGAUCCUGUACCGCAGCUACGUAGAAUUGAGAAUUUUCUCGGUAUUGAGCCAAAAAUUGGUAGGCACAAUUUUUAUUUCAAUCAUACCAAGGGUUUCUACUGUCUGAGAAAUGAAACAUCAGAAAAGUGUCUCAGAGAGAGCAAAGGCAGGAGACAUCCGCGUGUUAGUCCAAUUGUUGUUACCAAAUUGAGAAAAUUCUUCAAUGAGCAUAAUCAGAGGUUCUAUGAGCUAGUUGGUGAGGAUCUUGGGUGGCCAGAGGAGUAGAGUUAUGAUUGAGAGAUGGAGGCUGGUGGAUCACAUUGGUCCUUGACUCGAUAGCAACUGAUACAUAUCAUAGGGUUAAUAGUUGGAUAUUAAGAGAUUUAAUAUUUUUAUAAAGUCCACAUUGGAAGUUGUUAUAUAUCGUUGAUUGAUGUUUUCUUCUUUUGAAUCGUGUGACUGAGAGAAAGGUUGAGCAUUUUAUUGGCGCAUUUCGUUGACUUUUUUUUUUCUCAUCAUCAUCAUUUAUUUCUCAUUUAGCCAGUCAAUUCAUUAUUGGGUAGUUUCACCGUAAUGGGCCAUUGACACCAAUUCGUGCUCGUCGGGAGUAAAGAGCUCAUCGAUUGUGUGUCAACUGGCUAGUGAGGGUGAAAUUCUCGUUGACCACUGCUCGUCAAACAUCUUCCGUGUCUAACUAUCGAUGGGCACUGCCCACCGUUUGAUAGAUACGUGUCGACAAAUUCUGUACACAAAGGAGUGAGCUUGACGCCUCUGUUACUGACUACACUAGGGGGUUUGCAAACAAACUCUGGUGUGUUGAAGGAUUUCAUUUGUCACGUGAUCAAAGAUUUACGUUGCUUUAUUUAUCAUACUUGACAAGUAACACCUUCAACAAAGGCGCGGUAUCGUUAAUUACUUCUAACCUUGAAAAGUCGUCAAAGCCAAUCCAAGGCAAUAUUUUCUGAUAAACCAAUCGUUUCUGAUGCUAUUACAAGUCAAGAUCUUAGCUAUUCAUAUUUUUCAAAAAUGUCUUUCACAUUCAAAUGCGUCAAUUGAAUGCAUAUACUCUUCAUGAAUGAAUUUUCGAUGAUAUUCUGUAUCCAAAAUGUUAACCUCGAAGGGGUUUCACUCAACAAAUGAAUUAACGAGAAACCCCUGGGCUGAAUCCGUAACAAUUUCCCAAAAUUUACAUGUAUACUUGAACCCUUCAGAGACAGACUUGAAUAUAUACUGUUAUUUCAACGUUACUAACGCCGUUGUAAUCUCACGAAUCGUAUCCGGGGGGGUAAGUCUGUAUUUGAUCUUGGGCUGUGGGAUUUAGUUAUCCAGUGCUCGGGUAUCUUGUCAAACGCUGAUCGUUUCUCAUCUAUUAUACAUUCCACCAAGACCUUGUCCAUUAAUUAAAGGUGCAUCAUCAAUAUUUUUUUCACCCCCACGGAAUUAGGUCGAUAAAAAAUGAAUGAGCCAAUCUCGACUGGGCCAUCCAUCAUGGCUGCUCUAGGCGUUUCACCCUCAUCAAGUUGAUUUCAACCCUCUGACUCCCAUUCGGAAUUUUUACCUCUCUUUUCUCUAAUCCCAUGAACACGCCGAUGCACUCUCGGCUUUUAUCCCCUGUACCUGUUAUAGUGAAACCACUCGGCACUUUGGUAAACUGUAGAUGUGUGAACAUGUGGUUACCCCACAUCAGUCUGAAGUGCUCCUCGAUAUUAUUAUUUAAUUAGUUUAGGUGUAGAUUGAGGGAUUAAAAUCUUUUUGUCUCGGUGUUAGACUCGAUGAGGGUUUCAUUAUCUCGUCAAUUCGCCCGGAUAAUCAAUAGUUUGAUAUAUAACCGUAGGCUGGUGAUAUACUAUAUAUAAAUCACCUCGGGAUACACCGGAAAUCCCUCUCUCUCUUCAAUUUAAUUCAUUAUCUUUCCAUAAUCAGGUUGAAUUGAGUUGGUCAUUAAUCACUGGGCUAAAAAUUAUGAUGAUCGGUAAUGUGACAGAGCAUCCGGAAUUAUUCCAGAUUGAGAAUACCCCGGGUAUAUCCUAUAUUUCAUUCAACUCAUUUCGAUAUCUAUGAUAUACUGUUGGGUGCCCCCUUGAGCUUUUGACGUUCAUCACUUGUGCCACAAUUCACCUAUCCCUCUUUCUCCAACACACAUGACCCACCAGAGUCACAAUUCAACUCGACAUAGGACCAAAGUUAUUUCUCGGGACUAUGACGAACUGUUUGGACAUUGUAAUAUCGAUUUUUACGUCGACGCUUGUUAACAGUGACGAAUUUAUCUUGUCGCGUAUCGCUUGUCUUCUUUCAUAUCUCGAGGCAGGGGCUGAUAUGUAUUAAUUUGGAAAUGUCAAAGCUCGUAUUUUAUUGAUUUUGGACAAUUUAUUUCCGGUGACGAGAUUAGAUCAAUUAGUCAGGCAAAUUGGGGGUGGAAUUGUGCUUCACUCGUUAGAGAAGAUCGAUUGAUUUUUGACCGAGUAUUUUUACCUCUUUGGACCUUUUUAUUUGGUUCAUUCGGAUUCAUUAAUUCUAUCUAAUCUAGAGCAUUAAAAUUUAAUGUUAAAGAAGAAAAAGGGGAUUGUACAAACGACCUGCUAGCAUCUACCUGGCAUACUAUCGCAUCAUAGCCCAUUCUUCUUCGUUUCUUUUGUAUAUAUCUUUUGCCUCCCUUCUUGGUGGUGUUCACCUCGCGUGCAUCUUCGCCUCUUCGCCACACUUCUCUUUUUUCACCCUCCUUCCCCAACCGCCCUCCCACCAUCCCCCUUUUCACUGUCUUUUUUAUUUCCAUCUCUUUUUAUUUCCAUUAUUCUUGGAUGGUUGUUUUUUUCUUAUUUCUAUUCUUUGCGCUUCAACCGAGGCAACCUCCUUUUCUUUAUCCAACACUGCCAGCGAAGCGUCUUGCAAAACUAUGGCAAUAUCUCUACCUUCUGGCCUCGUAUUUAUAUACACACCCAGACAAAUUACAUAAUCUUAAAGUCCAGGAAAGUACCGUUAAUACUGGGGGAUAGGACGAUGAUGAAAAAAAAAAAUCCUGGGAAUUUAUUUUACAUUUACCUCCACCGCUUGGUAAUCCCAUUUUUUCAAUUUUCUUUUCAUUAACGCUUUUUAUUUUUAUUCUCGGAGAUGUGGGUGUGAAAAUAUACGAGAAAUCUUCAACAGCAAUCAUCUCCAAUAUUCAAAAUGCCUGAAAAUUCGGUAGCACCGGAGAUUUUACAUGUUCACAUGUUCAUUUUGGGGGAAAAUCGAGUAAAUUUCAUGUUUUCGUGACAUUUUAUCACUUCAUCGAUCAAAUCAAUGAUCUUCAAAAUUUUUGAUCUUUACUCAAUGAUUGACACCAUUCACCUCCUAAAAAUUGACAUCCCCUAGUUCGGUCAAAAUUUUCCAACAACCGAGACGCCUCCGGGCGCCAUAAUUCCUCCCCCAUCAUGAUUCAUAAAUCAAAUUGCGUGUAGCCUCAGCACCAAAUAAAACACGGAAACCCCUUCGAUGCAUUCAACCCGCGCAUAAAGCAGAAUAAAUCAUCGAAAAAGUGAAACAAAAAAUGAAUGAAUGAUUGGAAUGCUAACGACAAAACAAAGUGUAAACGAAUACAGAAAACGUGGUAUCAAAAAUUGGUAAAAAUCAAGGGAUUGGGGUGAAAAAUCAUAUCACAAAGUGGAAUAUUUAUUUCCCUUGUUUUGUGCUGCUGAUAUUUUUACAUUUCAGUCUUGAACAUUCUUGUACGGGUGAAAAUAAAAAAAAAAACGGGUGGGAUGGAGAGGAAUAAAAUCACCAAAGAAAACCCAGAGGGUUGAAGUUUCCUCGGAACAACUCAGAGGUAGAAGAAAGAAAAAUAGGGGGUUGGAAAGGGGUGAAAAUAGGGGGGUUCUACCUGUAUGUAUACAGUGUCUGUUCUGGUGUCCCACGAGAACACCAACUGAUUUAUUUAGCGUGCGAUGCCGCCGGCGACAAUCACGAGUCCGGAGAGGGUGAAAAGAGUGAAAUUUCUUGACUCUUAGGUUUUUUUUCGUUUUUCUCCCCCUUUUUUUUACCCUGUGGAAAGGAUGAG